GGCGGGCGGAAGCCGCCAGGAUUCCCUAGGGAACACACCAGGGCGCGAUCUGCGAGGAUUCCUAAAGCGUUAUAUAGGGGACCUGACCUGGGCGCCCUCAGGAUUCCUCCCACAGGGACACUGCUCCAUCCAUCCCCAUCCUCGACUUCUGUCUCAUCUCUCGUGGGGCAUCCUUACCCCACCUGCUGCCAGCAGUGCCUGGAGAGACCAGGCAAAGGGCAUGUCCCAAGGAAGGACAGACCCAGGCCCCUUCCCGGCUGUAGCCUCUGGUCUGAGGGCUGUGGCCUCUGGUCUGAGGGCUGGGCCCUCCAGGAAGCUGCGGGAACUGAGGGGAGGAUUGGUGUGUGGCCAGCUGGGACUGGCGGGUUGGAGGAGGUACGGCCUGGGAGAGGCGUGGGAGAGCGACACAGAGAUGGGGAGAGGGAGAACAGAGACUUUGAGAGAAUCGAGGAGAGACACAGAGGAAGUGAAGGAAACAUUCAUUCAUUCACACUCCUCAGUGGGUACUUACUGGCUGUCUCUAUAGUACCGAUGACAGUACCAACCCUGCUCCCGUGGAGGCGACUGGCUGACAGUACAGUGGGGACAGAGCCCAGAACACAACAUAUAAGUAAAUCACCUCUUCAGGAGCGACAAGAAUGGGUGCGGGGAAUGCAGGAACCAGGAGGCUAGACGAUUCACACCCUCCUUAUUCGGGGACCGGGAAGUUCCCAUUUGAAUCCUGCCUGUGUCAGCCCCUCCCCCAUUCUCCCCGAGCGGGGAGUUGGAGGGAAAUGGGGAGGGGCCUCUGCUUGGGAGCAGUAGGGACUUAUCCGCAACAGCGAGAGGACACAAGCUCGAGGACCUCCGCCCCUGCUCAAGACCCCUGCUAAUCUGCGCUGCCUGGUCCUCCGUUAACGAGAGGUCCUAGGGGCGCAACCCAGGAGGGUGUGGAAAGUGGGGAGUGGCGGUGCUGAGGCUCUAGAGGAUCUCUUUGAUGGGAGUGGGGAAAAGCUCUUUAGGUUGGGGCCGCCCGCGCUGAAGAAACCUUCCCUAAGCAGGGCUCCAGGUUCUCUCACCGCGACGGAGCGUCCCUGGGAGCGCAGCCCAGCCCCCGAGCGGGAAGCUGAGGGCUCGCCGGUGCCAGUCGCCGCCGGGGCGCUCUCCGGUGCCGCGGCGGGUGGCACAGGCUGGCAGCCACGGGCUGAGUGCCCAGGUCCCAACGGGAGGGGUAACGGCUUGCGAUCGCUGUCCCUCCCCGCCUGGGACCCGCCCCCUAGACUGCCAGCCCCAGACCCGCCCCCGAGCUGCACAUUCGGCUGUAGGCAGCACACCACCUGGGCACACUGCCUUGGGGCAGCAGCCCAUGGAGUCAGGGCUGCUGCGACCAGCGCCGGUGAGCGAGGUCAUUGUCCUGCAUUACAAUUACACCGGCAAGCUACGCGGAGCGCGCUACCAGCCCGGCGCAGGAUUGCGUGCAGACGCUGUGGUGUGCCUGGCGGUAUGCGCAUUUAUCGUGCUGGAGAACUUGGCGGUGUUGUUCGUGCUCGGGCGCCAUCCGCGCUUCCAUGCGCCCAUGUUCCUGCUCCUGGGCAGCCUCACACUGUCUGACAUGCUAGCAGGUGCUGCCUACGCCAUUAACAUCCUACUGUCCGGGCCACUCACGCUUCGAUUGUCACCUGCGCUCUGGUUCGCUCGUGAAGGAGGCGUCUUUGUGGCGCUUGCCGCGUCGGUGCUGAGCCUCCUGGCCAUUGCACUCGAGCGCCAUCUCACCAUGGCGCGCCGGGGACCCGCGCCCGCUGCCAGUCGAGGGCGCACACUGGCGAUGGCCAUCGCAGCUUGGAGCGUGUCGCUGCUCCUCGGGUUACUGCCCGCGCUCGGCUGGAACUGUCUGGGUCGCCUGGAGGCUUGCUCCACUGUCCUGCCUCUCUACGCCAAGGCCUACGUGCUCUUCUGCGUCCUCGCCUUCGUGGGCAUCUUGGCGGCCAUCUGUGCACUCUAUACGCGCAUCUACUGCCAGGUACGAGCCAAUGCAAGGCGACUGCGAGCACGACCAGGGGCUAGCAAAGGCACCUCCACCCGCUCGCGCCGCACACCACGAUCCCUGGCGCUGCUGCGCACACUCAGCGUGGUACUCCUGGCCUUCGUGGUGUGUUGGGGCCCUCUCUUUCUGCUGCUGUUACUAGACGUGGCAUGCCCCGCCCGCGCCUGUCCUGUGCUCCUGCAGGCCGACCCCUUCCUGGGCCUAGCCAUGGCCAACUCGCUUCUGAACCCCAUCAUCUACACGCUCACCAACCGUGACCUGCGUCAUGCGCUCCUGCGCCUUGUCUGCUGCGGCCGCCGUCCCUGCAGCCGAGGCCCGAGCAGUGUCCAGUUAUCUGAAAGCGCUCCUGGGGCUUCAGGCGGCCUGCGCCGCUGUCUACCCCAGGACUUGGACCCCAGCUCCAGCCGCUCUGAGCGCUCAUCGCCCCAGAGAGAUGGACUGGACUCCAGCGGCUCCACCGGCAGCCCCAAUGCGCCCACAGCUCCUCGGACCCUGGUACCCGAACCGGUAGCAGAUUGACGCCGUCAAUCUGUCGUUGACUUUCCCAAGAGUUCUUUGGCAGACUUUUUCUUUUUUAAAAGAGAAAUUUGUAGGAGACACAGCCAAAGACGGCGGAGACAGAAGAGACAAAGGGAAAACAUAAACUCCCCAAAAAGAACAGACAAAAAUUUUCCACCCUUGUGGAAUUGACGUUCUGGUAGGGGAACGGACAACACAGUGAUGUAAUAAUAAUGGAGAUAAUUCCAGUGACCUUACAGGGACGUUAUGAGACAGUGUAGAGGUGAUGACACAUAAUGUGAGCUGAGGUGUCAUUGUCCUGGGGAACACCUGAAGGAAGAGUAUUUCAGGAUGAGAAAACAGCAAGUGCAAAGAUCCUGAGGUUGGAAUGUGCCCAUGUAUUCUAUGAAAAGCUAGGAUGGGGCUGGGGAUGUGGCUCAAGUGGUAGCGUGCUCGCCUGGCAUGCAUGCAGCCCGGGUUCGAUCCUCAGCACCACAUACAAUAUUAAAAAAAAAAAAACAGAAAAAAAGAAAAGCUAGGAUCUCCACGUGGGCAGAGCAGCAGAUAGAGGGAGAGAAUGGGAGGAAACAAGAACAGGAAGUGACUGGGCAGAAUGUAGAAGACUCUGUGGAUCCUGGAAUUUUGCUCUAAAGGAAGUUAGAGUCAGGAGGGGUUCUAAGCAAAGAAAGGACUGGCCCUGAUUCAGGUGUUCACAGGCACCUUAUGGCCAGUGUGGAGGGCAAAGGUGGAAGGCAGAAACAGGUGAAGGGACAGCACUGACCCAUAGGAGUAAUGAGGAGACCCCCACUAUGCUCACACAUGGUGAAUUCUAGAUAGAUUUUGGAGGUAGCAAACAGAAUUCCUGAAAAAUUGGGUGUGAGAAAGAGGGAAAGAAAGCUGUCAGGAGCCAUGCCAAGAGCAGGGCAUCCUAAAAUUUGAUUCUGGGAGACUCAGCCAAAUCCUGACAACAAAAUUUCUUUGAGUGUAGUGUCAGAUAAUUCAUUAAAAAUAAAAUUGCAAUAAAAUGAGUGGCUACAGUUUAUAACGCUUGGCUAGUCCCCUCCACUGUGCUUUGCCCGGGAAUCACUUAUUUUUUUCACCCUAUUGUAACCUUGUAAACUAGCUGUCCUUUUCCCCAUUUUACAGAUACAGAAACUCCAAGCAGUGAGCACCUC